AUGUCAGACAAGCCCAAGAUCCUCAUUGCCGGUGCCGCAGGUCGCACCGGUAGCAUUGCUACCAGGAUGCUUCUUGAAAGAGGCUAUCCUGUCCGUGCCAUGGUCCACAAAGACGACGAGCGUGCUCGCAAACUCUCAGACAUGGGCGCCGAAAUCUUUGUCGGUGACUAUCUCGACCUCCGCUCUGUACGACGUGCGUUUGAGGGAGUCAAGCGCGCCUACUUCGUUUACCCUAUGCAACCCGGCCUCGUGGAAGCGACAGCAAACUACUCCAUGGCAGCUAUCGAAGCCAAGGCUGAAUUCAUUCUGAACAUUUCGCAGCGGACGUCCCGUCCGGAUGCCACCAGCGACUCGGCCAUGCAUCACUGGCUUGCGGAGCGAGUCUUUGACUGGGCACCUAUUCCGGUGACCCAUCUUCAGCCAACAGCUUUCAAUGAGUGGUUGACCGUUAUGCAAAACAUGAUUCGGCAGGGACGUUAUGCGGUUCCGUUUGGACCAAAUGGUCGCUUUGCCCCGAUUUCAUGCGAGGAUCAAGGGGCUGUCAUCACCGAGAUCCUUGCCGACCCUUGGUCUCAUGUGGGAAAGAGUUAUCGACUCCUCGGGCCUGUGGAGCUGACGCCGCCUGAGAUCGCCGAGAUUGUCAGCAAGACUCUCGGCAAAGAGGUUCGCUACGAGCAAAUCUCUGGAGAGGAGUGGGUUCGGGAAGUGGCGGGCCAGGACAUACCGUACCUGUCUCAGCAUGUUCAGGGUAUUGUCCCGAUGCAUGAGAAGGGGCUUAUGGAUGGGACAAACGAUGUCGUGGAGAAGAUUACUGGACGUCGCCCAGAGACGGUGGAGGACUUUGUCAAGAGGCAUCGUGAAGUCUUGGGAGGAUAA